AUGGGAGUCGAGGUACUUGUAGCUUCCCAAGUUGUAAGAUUACGAUCACCUACUGACCUCAACGCGAUAGACAAGCAUCCCGCAUCAGAAUUUGACGCUUUGGCCGUUGAUAACAAACGGUCCAUUCGAUUAGCAGCAAAAAACAAGUUUAUCCACUUGUUCGCCAACAAAAUCCAGAACCACCAGAACCACCAGAACCAGUCAAUGUACGGAGUAGGACUAGGUAGAGACUGGGUAGAUACCGGGUGA